AUGGAGGACAUGAACGAGUACAGCAACAUAGAGGAAUUCGCAGAGGGAUCCAAGAUCAACGCGAGCAAGAAUCAGCAGGAUGACGGUAAAAUGUUUAUUGGAGGCUUGAGCUGGGUUACAAGCAAGAAAGAUCUGACUGAAUAUUUGUCUCGAUUUGGGGAAGUUGUAGACUGUACAAUAAAAACAGAUCCAGUGACUGGAAGAUCAAGAGGAUUUGGAUUUGUGCUUUUCAAAGACGCUGCUAGUGUUGAUAAGGUUUUGGAACUGAAAGAACACAAAUUGGAUGGCAAAUUGAUAGACCCCAAAAGGGCCAAAGCUUUAAAAGGGAAAGAACCCCCCAAAAAGGGUUUUGUGGGUGGAUUGAGCCCAGAUACUUCUGAAGAACAAAUUAAAGAAUAUUUUGGAGCCUUUGGAGAGAUUGAAAAUAUUGAACUUCCUAUGGAUACAAAAACAAAUGAAAGAAGAGGAUUUUGUUUUAUUACAUAUACAGAUGAAGAGCCAGUAAAGAAAUUGUUAGAAAGCAGAUAUCAUCAAAUUGGUUCUGGGAAGUGUGAAAUCAAAGUUGCACAACCCAAAGAGGUAUACAGGCAGCAACAGCAACAACAAAAAGGAGGAAGAGGUGCUGCAGCUGGUGGACGAGGUGGUACUAGGGGUCGUGGACGAGAUCAGGGCCAAAACUGGAACCAAGGAUUUAAUAACUAUUAUGAUCAAGGAUAUGGAAAUUACAAUAGUGCCUAUGGUGGUGAUCAAAACUAUAGUGGCUAUGGCGGCUAUGAUUAUACUGGGUAUAACUAGGGGAACUAUGGAUAUGGACAGGGAUGUGCAGACUACAGUGGGCAACAGAGCGCUUACGGCAAGGCGUCUCGAGGGGGUGGCAAUCACCAAAACAAUUACCAGCCAUACUAAAGGAGGAUGUUGGAGAAGACAGGAGGAGAUUGCUAAAGUUAACCCAUCUUGCAGGACGACAUUGAAGAUUGGUCUUCUGUUGAUCUAAGAUGAUUAUUUUGUAAAAGACUUUCUAGUGUACAAGACACAACUGUCCAACUGUAUAUAGCCGCCAAUUAGUUUUCU